UUCUAGAGCAGCAUAUACUUAAAAUACCAAAUGGCCUUUUAUAUUUUCUUCUUUGGGUUAGUCUUGUCUUUUUCUUUGUCAGUUGUCAUUGCAUCUGAUCAUAGUCCGCUUCAAGAUUUCUGCGUUGCAGACACAAGAAGUCGAGUGCUGGUUAAUGGCCUAGCUUGCAAGGACCCCAAGACAGUUGAAGCCGCUGAUUUUUCAUUUUGUGGACUUCAUUUAGAAGGCAACACAUCAAACCCAAUUGGGUCAAGUGUAACACCAGUAACUGUGUUUCAGCUACCAGGACUCAACACUCUCGGCAUUUCUCUUGUCCGUAUCGACUAUGCACCAUCAGGUGUCAAUCCUCCGCACACUCAUCCUCGCGCCUCCGAAAUUAUCACAGUCCUGGAAGGCAGCCUUGAAGUUGGGUUUGUGACAUCGAGCCCUGAAUAUCGUCACAUCACCAAGGUGUUGCUGAAGGGUGAUGUGUUUGUUUUCCCCAUUGGACUUGUGCACUAUCAGAGAAAUGUAGGAUCCGGUCAUGCUGUUGCUAUUGCAGCUCUCAGCAGCCAAAAUCCAGGUGUGGUGGUAAUUGCCAGUGCUGUGUUUGGGUCCAAGCCUAGCAUUGCCAAUGACAUUCUUGUGAAGGCAUUUCAUGUUGAUAAAGGUGUUAUCAAUUACCUCCAUUCUAUAUUCUGAAUAAGUGAACCAACCUCAUUUGAAU